CCGGCUUGUUAACAUCGGCGCGCCCGGAACAAGAAGCAGCGUGGAGCUCGUUUCCUGCAGCAGCGGCACAUGGACUUAUCCACAGUAAAACAACAUUAAAAAAACAUUUAAAACUAACAGGGAUCGCCGCAGGUUUGUUUCCAGGAUGGACAACACGACGGACGGGACGUGGGACACGUUACCUGUUCGACUGAACGACGGAGUUUUACAAACACUCGAUGAGCUGAAGUUCACUCACAUGACACCUGUACAGUCCGCGUGUAUCCCGCUGUUCAUGAGCAACAAGGACGUGGCUGCUGAGGCGGUGACUGGGAGCGGAAAGACACUUGCUUUCGUCAUCCCCAUCAUAGAACUUCUCCUGAAGAGAGAAGAGAAGCUGAAGAAGAUGCAGGUCGGUGCCCUGGUGAUCACGCCCACAAGAGAACUGGCCCUUCAGAUCAGUGAAGUGAUGGAGCAGUUUAUUCAGAAGUUCCCACAGUUUACGCAGAUUUUACUGAUUGGUGGCUCUAACCCAAUAGAGGACGUUGAGAAGUUCAAGGAUCAAGGGGCGAACAUCUUGAUUGCGACCCCCGGUCGUCUGGAGGACAUGUUCAGGAGGAAGCCAGAUGGUCUGGACUUGGCCAGCUCAGUCCGGAGUCUGGAGGUGCUGGUUCUGGAUGAGGCCGACAGGCUGCUGGACAUGGGCUUUGAGGCCAGUCUGAACAGCAUCCUCAGCCUCCUGCCCAAACAGCGCCGUACAGGCUUGUUUUCAGCCACUCAGACACAGGAGCUGGAGAAGCUGGUGAGGGCUGGCCUCAGGAAUCCUGUGCGCAUCACCGUCAAAGAGAAAGGCGUGGCUGCCGCCGCCGCCGCUGCCCCCGUUCAGAAGACACCCUCCAGGCUCUCCAACUACUACACCAUCUGUAGAUCAGAUGAGAAGUUCAACAACCUGGUGGCGUUUCUGAGGCAACACAAGCACGAGAAGAAUCUGGUCUUCUUCAGCACGUGUGCGUGUGUGGAGUACUACGGCCGAAUUCUGGAGGCGCUGGUGAAGAAGGUCGCCGUCUGCUGCAUCCAUGGCAAGAUGAAAAACAAACGCAACAAGAUUUUUGCAGACUUUCGGGCCCUGAAAAGUGGGAUCUUGGUGUGUACAGACGUCAUGGCCAGAGGCAUCGAUAUCCCUGAGGUGAACUGGGUGCUGCAGUAUGAUCCUCCAAGCAGUGCCAGCGCCUUUGUCCAUCGGUGUGGGCGAACAGCACGUAUCGGAAAUCAGGGCAGUGCCCUCGUCUUUCUGCUGCCGAUGGAGGAAACCUACGUCACCUUCUUGUCCAUCAACCAGAAAUGUCCACUCCAGAAGAUGCCCCCUGUAAAGGAUGUUGUGGAUGUGCUGCCCAAAGUGAAGGCCAUGUCCCUGGCAGACCGCGCCAUGUUCGAUAGAGGCAUGAGGGCCUUCGUCUCAUGCGUCCAGGCCUACGCCAAACACGAAUGUAGUCUCAUCUUUAGAAUCAAAGAUCUGGACUUUGCCUCCUUAGCUCGCGGCUUUGCCCUCCUUCGCCUGCCGAAGAUGCCUGAACUGAGAGGGAGAAUGUUCCCCGAUUUCACCGAAACAACAGUCGACACAGAGACCAUCCGCUACAAGGACAAGAACAGGCAGAAGCAGAGGCAGAAGAUGCUGAAAGAGAAAGAAGAGAAUCCUACUAAAAGGAUUUUCGUCAAGAAUAAGGCCUGGUCCAAACAGAACAACAAGAAGGAUCGCAAGAAAAAGAGGUCGGCCAAGAGGAAGCACGAUGAGGACUCUGACGUGGACGAUGAAGACAUGAAGGAGCUUUUAAAUGACUCUCGCCUCCUCAAGAAAUUGAAGAAAGGGCAAAUCAGUGAGGAGGACUUUGAGAAACAGAUAACAAGCAAACCAAAGUCAAAACAAAAAGCAAAGGGACCAUCACACGACGACUCAGAGGAUGUUUGACCAAACUGCUGUCGUCAACUUGGCCCACGUAAGAAGCUGAAUUCAAAUAAAUCCAGAGCAAUGCCUCCGACUUUUUUUUUAAUAACCUUUUGAUAAGGGUUUUUAUUUGAGAAUUCUGAGGCAUGGUCAUAAAUAAAGCUUAAUGAGUUCGUCGCUGACAGCAGACGGAGUGAGAACACCCAGAUCCGUGAAGAGGAGGGUGAUGAGGGAGGGAGGUGUGUAGUCAAUCAUCGGAUGCUCCUCUGACAGGUUCUGCACCGUCUUCAAGGUAUCUGCUUUGUACUGUGGAGAAAAUGAGAAGACGAUGUGAUUGUAAGGGUUAGGACAAUUACGUUGAAGUGAAAAUGCAAAACAACCCCUGCAGCAACGGGCCUUUCUUCUAAUGUUAAGGCACUCUUCCUCUUUAUUUUAUGAACAAUCACCAAAGGCAUGUUUGAAGAAAACUAAAUGGCAACUAGAAUGGCACUCGGUAGAGUGCAGGACAGUGAGAGCCCAAAAAAGGAGGCUGGCAAUGACCCAAAGCAGAAUUUACCAGUUACUACUUCCAGACCAGACAAGCUGAAGCCUCUGAACGCCCCUUGUAACUGAACUCUGAAAAUCUGUGGGUAAAUCUUCAACAUUAGGAACAUGAGGUGAGCUGCAGGAUGAUCAGCUGAAAAUCGGUCAAAAAUCGCAAAACUAGUAUUCACAAGAGCCAGAUUCAUUAACAGUUGAAUAAUAUUUUUUAAUGUCUGUUUGCAGGGAUGGGAUUUACUUGUUUUACCUUGGCCAAACAUUUCCUCGGUUGCGCCUGACCUUUUUACACACACCUAUACAACACAAAGCAAGUCUGUCAUCAUGACGUGAUACCUUAAAUUUGUCAGGCACAUCCUGUUGGUUGAGUGGAUACAGCCGGACAAAUUUGAAACUCUCGGCCACAACAUAAAAGGGCUUGUUGUGAGCUUUGGAGCACACAGCCAUCUGAUAAGUGCCGAUCUGCGGGAACAAAAGUGAAGCGGUUAGGUCAGCUUAUCGUUUACUGUCUUCUUUAGCAGUUGGCUCACUUUUGACUGGAGUUGCUCACAAAGGUAUCACCGGUGUUGGGCUCAGUGAAGCCAGUUAACUCGGUCAGCCCGACUAAGAUGUUCUCGCUUUGUGAUACAGGCCUCCAGACUGUUUCCUGAAACUCACCUUGUUGAUGAUUCCACCGCUCUCCACAACUCCCUCUGCCCCAAUAAUAACUAGAUCCACCUUCUCCAGGACAUACCUGUGAAAAAAUGACAGAAAUUUACUAAAUGAAUGCAAAAAAGUCCAUGUUGACGACACAUGACACUGAUUGUAAAUCUAUUCACCCCACAGCUGCAUCCAGGACUACUGUUACUGGAACAUUGAGUUUUCUCAGGGCUUCAGCCAUCUGUCGCCUGAACAGAGAGGAGGAGAAAAAAAGCAGAUUCAAUGAGCGUGUGCCCCAUCGUGAUAAAACUGGGACUCAGUUUACUGACACUAUUCACUCACCCAGCUGAGUCAGGCUGCGAUUCAGUCACAUAGACAGAGAAGCGUUUCUUCUCAGCUGCAGCUUUUUCCAGCACCCUGAGGACGACUCUGGAGUAGGAGUGAGUCAGGAUUUUCUGGGGGAGAAAUAUUUGAAAGAGAAGGGGGGAAAUUGGUGUAUUGCCUAGAUACUGUAUGUGUUCUGUCCGUCUGCUUAAAUCCUAGAAUCAUUUGAAAAUUACAACAUAUCUCUCUGAAGGAGGUUAACAUUCAGUCACAGCCGUUAGGCUUCAGACCUGCUCACAGUACAAUAACUGCUGAUGUGAAUGACAUUGUUAACCUGCUUAAUAAAAAUUGAUUUUGUGCUGCA